AUGUUGGGAAGAUUGGAGAUGGAUGUUGAUGAAUGCAUUGUGGCAUACACUGAAUUGAUGGAGUUGGUUUUCAGUGAAAAAUUGAACAGCGUUCCAGUGGAUUGGUCGGGAAAUAUAAUAUCGCAGUAUGACAGCGCAAAGCUCAAAGCGGCAAUUGAGAAUGUCAUUCUACGCUCUGGGCUGUCGUUAGCGGAUCCAAUGGACGAUGGAAAGCCCUGUCUAUCGCGAAUCUUUGUCUGCACUACUUCCAAAGAUACGCUACAAACCACCCGCAUUCGAAAUUAUACCGUGCCCAAUGAGGUUGCAUUGGGGGCGACCAUUUGUGAAGCAGCAUUGGCAACGUCUGCCGCAACACGAUACUUUGACCCGGUUACAAUCGGAAAUCGCCAGUUCGUUGACGGCGCAUUCGGUGCCAACAACCCUGUGGAAGAGGUCGAAGAGGAAGCGGCUGACAUAUGGUGUACCACAAGUCGCGACCUGAAGCCAUUAGUGAAGUGUUUUGUUUCCAUCGGGACAGGAAAUCCAGCACCAGUAGCUAUUGAUGACAAUGCCCUCAAAUUUCUUUCGAAAACGCUGGUCAGAAUGGCCACCAAGCCCGAGAGUACUGAACGUCGUUUCAUGGCUCGGUGGAGCAACGAAGUGGAGGGAAAACGGUUCUUUCGUUUCAAUGUUGAACAAGGAUUGCAGCAAGUGCACAUGACGGAGUUCCAGAAACGAAGCCUGAUGGAGUCUGCCACACAUGAUUAUAUCCACCAGUCUGGCCAGAAGGUCCGCGUUCGGGAUUGCAUUUUGAACCUUGCGGGAAAGGAAGAAAAGACGAGUGCAGAUUUUGAAAUCCUCAUAAAUGAGCACCAUGCUCUUAUCAUUCGCAAUCGGAUUAUGGCAACCGUUCACUCUUCCAACUUGACCGUGGGUGUCAAUAAGCCUGCAUGUUGGGCGGUUCCAUUUGAAAGAAAUACUCGAUAUGUCGACCGUGAGGUCGUGGGCAAGCUCAAAAGAAGACUCUUCACCAAACACAGACUGGAAAGAAUCGCUAUCUUUGGGCUUGGUGGAGUAGGCAAAACACAGAUUGCUUUGGAGCUUGCAUAUCAAACAAGAGAGUUGUAUCCUGACUGCGCUGUCUUCUGGCUCGCUGCAGUGGAUAUGGAGACUAUCCAGCGAACAUACCAGGAGGUGGCGGACAAGCUUGGAAUUGAGCACGCCAAUCCAAACGAUGAUGUGAAGAGUCUGGUACAAACUCAUCUCAGUAAGCCCACUGCUGGCCGGUGGUUACUGAUCUUUGACAAUGCCGAUGAACUCGAUAUGUGGACUGAGACCAAGGAUUCAACGAUUGGCCGACUUGAAAGCUUUCUACCCAAGAGUGACCAAGGUGCCAUUGUCUUCACCACCCGAAAUAGCAGGGUGGCUCAGUAUCUCGCCGCUACAGACAUCAUUGAGAUCCCCGAGAUGAGCGAACACAAAGCUACUCAUCUUUUACGAAAUUCUUUGACAAAUAAAGAACUUCUUAAUGACGGCAUAAGUACUCGCAAGCUUCUGAACUGUUUGACUUUUCUUCCAUUGGCCAUAAUUCAAGCCGCUGCAUUCAUGAACCAGAACCGAAUGACAAUCGCAAGCUAUGUUGAUCUCUUGAAUGGACAAGAGCAAAACGCUAUUGAUCUUUUGAGCGAGGACUUUGAAGACAAAGGUCGAUACAAAAGUGUCCGCAACCCUGUGGCGACUACGUGGCUUACAUCCUUUGGACAAAUUCAACGAACAAGCCCCUUAGCGAGUACUUACCUUUGUUUUAUGGCCUGCAUUCAACAAAAGGAUAUACCGGUCUCGCUUCUUCCUCCAGCGGCAGAUGUCGAGAAGCAGAAAUCGAUUGGAAUUCUCAGUUCUUAUUCCUUUGUACGAUUGAAAGAUCAAGAUUCUCAACUCGAUAUGCAUCGCUUGGUUCAGCUUUCCACAAGAAAUUGGAUGCGAUCUAUCAAAUCGUUAAAAGAUUGGGAAAGCUAUACGCUGCGGGUAUUGGACUCCUUGUACCCGGUUAUAGAGGUGGAGUUUUGUAAUCAAUGGCGAGCAGCAGUACCUCAUGCCAUUCGUAUCCUUGGCCUCACGUCAAAGGAUAAUUUCACCUCUGAAAGAUCUCGCCUCUUGUGGAAGGUUGCAAGAUGCCAUUCAAUUGAUGGAAGGCUCAAAGAGGCCGAACGGCUUUAUGGCGAAGUGAUCAAAGUUGCAGAAGUCUCGGGCGACCCUGAAAACCCCUAUAUUCUUCUAGGCCGUUCGGGUCUGGCAAAUGUCUAUCUGAUACAGGGCAACAAGGAACAAGUGGUAAAGCUGGGUAAAGAAUGUCUUGAGCUCAGCAUCAAAAUCCAUGGCCCUGAUCACCCUGAUACGACCCGGGCUCUCCUUCAGUUGGCAUGGGCACACAGUUCGCUCAUCGACAAAACGGAUGGUCAGAAGGCUGAAGAGUACAGCAAGUUAGCAAUCCAACGAUUUAUUAAGAGCCUCGGACCAGGAGACCCUGAGACAAUGGAAGCAAUCAUGAGUUUGGUGACGAUCUAUAGAUCCCAAGGAAGGCUCUCGGAUGCGGCAGAACUAUCCUUGCAAUGGCUGCAGAUCACGAAACGGGUGCUUGGGCUACACCAUCCUCGAACCGCGAGCGGUAUGCUUAGAAUAUCUCGGCUGUACCUUGAGCAAUGGCGACUGAAAGAAGCCGAGGCCAUGUGUGUGGAAGCAGCUGGAUUGUGCAAAAGUACCCUUGGGUCUGAAAGCCCUCAGACAUUCCAAACUUUGGAGUGGCUAGCUGUCAUAUGGGAAUACCAAGGACGACGGGAUGAUGCUGCCAAGUUGAUGAGAGAAUGCAUCCAUUUGAAUGCUCAGGUCUUCGGCGAAGAUCAUCAGUUCACCCAAAAUCUUUGCUCUCAACUGGAGUCGUGGACUAAACCCAAGUAA